GACCGAUACUUGUUUUUAGAGAGAGAAAAAGAUCUCGAACUCCAAAGCUUUGGACCUCUCUUUCUCUCUCCGUCGUCGGCGGUGCUUCCUCUUAGGCUACAGCUCUCUAGGGUUAGGGGUAUUUGUAGUCCUUUUCUCCUGAAAAUGGAAACAGUGAGCGACGAUGAGUACAGAAGGAAAGAGCGCACUGCACUGGUGGCCAUUGUGGUGCUCGCUUCACUGGCGGUGGUUUCUUUGCUGGUCGCAUUUAGUUACUACUGCUACAUUCGCAACAAGGUCGCCAAGCGCUUAAAGAGCCAGAAGAGGAUAAAUCACGAGGACAAACGUGGGGUAAAUCACGAAGACAAAGGUGGAUUUGCUAACAUGCAAGUUGAUAAAGAGAAGGGGCUUCAGGUGUUCACUUUCAAGCAGCUACACUCAGCCACUGGUGGUUUUACCAAGUCGAAUGUGGUUGGGAACGGUGCGUUUGGGUUAGUCUACCGAGGAGUGCUAAGUGAUGGGAGGAAAGUUGCAAUCAAGUUCUUGGAUCAAGCUGGGAAGCAAGGAGAAGAGGAAUUCAAAAUGGAGGUGGAACUGUUAUGUUGGUUGCGUUCCCCGUAUUUGUUGGCGUUGCUUGGGUAUUGUUCAGACAGUAAUCGUAAAUUGCUGGUGUAUCAGUUCAUGACAAAUGGUGGUUUGCAAGAACAUUUAUAUCCUCUAAGCGGUUCCAAUUCGCUCACUUCAAAACUCAACUGGGAAACAAGGUUGCGAAUAGCUCUUGAAGCUGCAAAGGGUUUGGAAUAUCUCCAUGAACAUGUUAACCCCCCAGUAAUUCAUAGAGAUUUUAAAAGCAGCAACAUCCUCUUGGACAAAGACUUCCAUGCCAAAAUCUCUGAUUUUGGACUGGCCAAGCUUGGAUCAGAAAAGGCUGGUGGACACGUUUCAACUCGAGUGUUGGGCACUCAGGGAUAUGUUGCUCCUGAGUAUGCUUUAACUGGGCAUCUAACAACAAAAUCAGAUGUGUACAGCUAUGGGGUUGUGCUUUUAGAGUUGCUCACAGGAAGAGUUCCAGUUGAUAUGAAGAAACCUCAUGGUGAAGGUGUUCUUGUAUCUUGGGCACUGCCCCACUUAACGGAUAGAGAGAAAGUUGUGCAGAUCAUGGAUCCGUCAUUGGAGGGACAAUACUCAAUGAAGGAGGUGAUUCAGGUGGCAGCUAUUGCUGCAAUGUGUGUACAACAGGAGGCAGACUAUAGGCCUCUGAUGGCAGAUGUUGUGCAGUCACUGGUCCCGCUGGUGAGAAAUUACAGGUCAACCUCAAAGGCAGGAAGCUGCUCUAGCUUCCAUGCAGCUAGAUCUCCCAUGUCACUGGACUCUGGUAAAGCAAGUGCGUCUAACUUGAGUCCAGUUUAACUAUAUGCAUUUGAUGCCUCAGCUUGCAAAUUUUUAUGUACUUAGGUGUUUAGAGCACCUGUACUCUGUUCAUCUGCUCUGUAAAAAAGUAAACUAGCUGAUUGUGGUAUCAUGGCAGCUGUUUGAAGCUGUAAUUCUGUCUUAAGUAUAUGUUCAUUAAAGAACUUAGUGCUGUAGUCUGACUGCCCCAAACAUCAAAGGGCCAUAUUCUAGAAGCUAUUCAUGGUCAAUUUUCUAAACUGUACCGAGAAAUGAAAAAUUAGCUUGAAUGAUUAGAAGAAUCCUUCUAGUUGAGUUUGAAAAUAGAUGAACUACUUGCUCCU